AUGGAAGCAAGUAGAGCUGACCUAAAACAGAAGGGUGUGAAGGACAAAGUGAAGAAGGAAGCUGCAACAGAGGUUGAGGACAUGGAAGAUGAUGAGUUCUUGGGUACUUCAGAGGAUGAUAGGAAAAAGAGAAGUGGUGGCAGUGGUGGAGGCAAGAAAGGGAGUGGUGGUGGGGGAGCAAGUUCAAUGAGGUGUUGCCAGGCGGAGAAGUGUACUGCUGAUCUUAGUGAUGCUAAGCAGUACCAUAGGCGGCAUAAGGUCUGUGAACACCAUGCUAAGCUCAAGUUGUGGUGUGUCGCGGACUCCCGCACACG